UAUGCACCACAUGGCGUAAGCUCCCUUGCUUCUAAGCCAGGUCUCUGGGCGUUCUGGGAGCUGACCAGGUGGGGUGGAAGGCAGAGAGUUUUGCACGGUGACUGUCAGUGCUUCAUUGCUGAAGGGAGAGAGAUUAGUGUUCAAACCAACCUGGACGUGUGCCUUCCCUGCAGCUCAGAUGCACGGGGUGGGAUUGUAUGGUUGGGGAUGCCAUCUGAGGACAUGUACUGUCUUAUCUAGCCAUCCAUCCAUCCAUAUCUAAUCUAACCUAAUCUAAUUAAUCUAUGGCACAUAUUCUAAGGCCAAGGUCUUAUCACUGGAAAGCUGCUUCAAGGCUCACAUUAAGACAUUGGUGCACUUUAUGCAAACCUUUUACCCUUUUUGUGGGUACACAGGCAGGCUUAUCCUCCCCCUUUGUCUUCCCCAGUAAAAAACGUAUGUGACAUGAUGCUACGGUUAGCAGAGAACUGAGCACCCCUUUGGCUAGUUCAGGCAGUGAGCCAAGGAUGUUCCUGGAAAUGCUUUUCCCUGGCAUAGUUCCAGUGGUCCAUAUGCCACUUAGCUGGAGCAUGGUAUACCAAGGGCUGUGGGUGCUGAUCUUCUCUGCCAGCCUGCUUACUUUUCUGUCCUGCUGUGGAAGAUAAGAAGUUCCACAGCUUGUAGGCUGUCUUGAUAACAGCUAGUGUCUGCUGCAAGGCUUUGCAGAACAAUCUGCCUGUUGCCAGUAAGCAGGGCCAAAGGCCCUGGCAAAUUGGUUGAUGUCUGCAAAAUUAAGUUCUCAGCAAAUGAAAUGUAAAGGCCAGAGCUGAUGCCUUGGUCAAAUAAAUCAGAAGGGUUGCUCUAAGUGAGACAUCCAAUAAGUAAUAAAGUGAUUCAUCAGCUCUCCCCAUCCUAUGUUGCUUAUAAAGCUACAGAUGCAACACAAAGUGCUUGUGUUGCCUUCCUCCUCAACUUACUAACAGUAUCUGAUCAUGCUGCUCUUCUUGCUAAGGCCAUGUUUACUUACAGGCCACCCUUCUGAGAAUAUUUAUUGGGUUUCUACAGUGGUAGGCUAUAUAGAAGGGCUUGGCACAAGUCAAGGCACACAAACCAUCUGGAAGUCUCACCAGUCUCCAAAAACAGGAUUGAGGAUGCUCAGCUUAUACAUUUCUUUUCUCAAAGCUGGCAGUAAUCUCUCUGUAACAGACAGUUGGGGAAACUGCUCCAUUUUAAGCCAUUUACUACAUUCCUCUAAUUGUUAAAUGUAAAUGUACUGCCUUCGAUUCCAACUUAUGGCGACCCUAUGAAUAGGGUUUUCAUGAGGCUGAGAGUUAGGAUGUUAAACAAAAAAAUCUGGUAAUAGAAUUCCUUUCCCUGUGAUUGAAAAUAUUUUUGCACUGGAACAGAUUUUUUUUAGUGGAUGUCAACUAUUAGUAAUCUUGCUGGGCAUUUAAGCAAGUUUGCCAAUAAAGGAAAAUCUGCCAUAUGGGUCCAGAUGCCUCGCACACUCAUAUUACUAAGUUUGCUGGAACUUGAGGUCUGGUCCCUAUUUCUUUGGAACUGGUAGAUGCUGCCACCUCCUUAUGGAGAGGCUGUAGAUUUGUGGGUGAGAUGAUGGACCAUCCCAUCACUACCAGCAAGAAACUGGAAAUGGACAAAAGCCUUCCUUUAUUUUCUCCUUCUUUCCUGCCCCAUAGUCUUGUAGUAGGGACAAACAGUUAGGCUCACGGGAAGCCUGCUUUUGAUAGCUUACCAAUCGAAACCUGAUUUUGAAAAAAUAAAAGUUCUUCUGGUCCUAAAUGAACAGAAACAGAAGGGAACAGAGAUGGAGAAUUUAAAUUCUGCCACUUAGAGAAAGAGUGGUUGAGAGAGAAAUGCUUCUCUGGUCAGCUCUUAGGAGCUGAAGAUGGGAUUCUAGCCUCCACCUGGUGGAGAUUUGUCCAUAGCCAUACAGGGAGAGCCAUACUGUUCAGGGCAGUGCCUCACCUGGCACAGACAUGUGCUACAUGUCUUACUUAUGAUACCUUGAUGUGAGCAAUUGACAGAUCCUCCUCCAUGACAGCUGGGGUGAGAGAGAUGCUUUUAACAUGUCUCUGAAGGCUAUAUCCACCAACCUAACUCAAGGGCAUGCAGUUUCCUGCGGGCCAGGAGCUCAUUGCCCAUGACUUCUGUCCAGCAAGGCGUACAUGUGAUACUCUGACCUUUCAACCCUGCUGCUGUUUCUGCCUACAUGUCUGUUGCUUGUUGAAUUAAUUUACUCUGGAGCUUGGGAUUUGUCAAAUAAAAAAAGGGUGGGGGAGUGUAAUCUACAUCAGCCUCCUCACCGUGCUGCUAAACUCGCACUGCUACCUAACUUGCUGGUUACUUUGAUACUUUACCACUGAGACCAGGAUGCAGCAUCAGCUGGGUAUCUCCUCUGGUUUGUAGCAAAUAUGAUUUCAUGGGAGGGAAGUGGACAUGGGAACAAAUAUGCCCGAGAUCAAAUUUCAAAAAGUUAAUUAAUUCUAGGAUGGGCAAGUACAUCAUGUGCAAUGAAGCUUGUUUCUGUGAAAUGGGACUUGGCCACUGAGCUUUGGAAAAGUACAACUUUGUGCGAGGGGGCGUUUUGGUCCAAACAGUUGUACAUAUGCCCUUCCUUUCCUUCUUAGGAGUUACUUCCUGUUACCUAGGAGUCAGUAUUGCAUGUGUUCUUUACUCUUUGUGAUGACACAGUAGGCUUUGAGAACUGCCCUAAGUUCCAUUGAUGAAAGCUAGGAAGAUUUAGGCACCAUCAUUGGGUUUGACAGGCUGGAUGGGACUCCUGCUUCUGUUGCUUCUCCUGACAGAGAGAGUGCUGCCCAUGCCAAGUCUUCAAAGCAGGCUCAAUCCAUCUGUCCCAGAGGAAUUCUCUGCGCCCUUGGAGCUCCAGCAACAGCACUUUGGCUUGGUGGAUGAUUAUGGCAUUAAACCAAAACAUCCCAAUUUCCGAAGACAGGUACAACGGAAGGAAUCAGAAAAGCUGCACAGAGUACAUAAGAGCAAGCGGGAUGAGCCAGAUUUGGAGGAGUAUUAUUAUGAUGACAUCCUUUGACUUUCUUAGGGAACUGCAAAUAUAAUUGCCACCUGUUAAGUGACCUUGCACCAACUAAUUGUUCAGUCACAGGCACCCCUCCUCCAAUCACAUAGCAAUGUAAGCAAUGAGAUCCUCCCUGUCCUUUGCCCUCUGCCAAGAACCAUCCCCACAGUUCUGUAUGUUCUAUGCACCCUUAUUACAAUCAUGGUACUUGCCACUGUAUUGGGCAAUUUGAGGAUCUUGGUUCUCCUCAUGCUAUAUUAACUGUUGUGGGUUCUGAGCUUGAAAAUAUUUGAUGAGGGGCCAAAGAUGGGCUUCAGUUGCAGAGGCUAGGAAUGUGUGGCAAACACUAGUGCUGUCCAUAGCUUUCUGCUAUGACUAUUUUCUGUGCCUCACCGGUCCUGGCAGGACUCUUCCGGUUGAGUCCACUUUUACUCGUUUGCUCCCACCUCACAAUUAAAGUUUGGAUUCCACGGAAGUUGACUACUGAGAACAGAACUAUAUAAUGUAAAUGUAUACACAUGCCUAUAUUUUCAAAAGUGAUUAAUAAACUUUUUUUG